AUGUCUCCCACCUCUGAAGAUGAAGACCCAGUCGACGGGAAAGGAUCUAGCAGUAAGCCCGAAGAGGCGGCGACAACCGACGCCGCACAGAAACAGGCCACUAAAAGACGUACCAAGACUGGCUGUUUAACAUGUCGGAAAAGACGAAUCAAGUGUGGAGAAGAAAAGCCAGUGUGCAAAAAUUGUAUCAAAUCAAAGCGGGAAUGCGCCGGCUAUGUUCAGCCUCUGGUGUACAAGCAACAGACCCACGGACCUCCUCCCACAAUUCAUGACUCGAGAGAACGCAUUCUAUCGAUUCAAGAUGAAGGGGGAGGAUCUGGCGGCUUCUUCAAUUUACGUCUACAACAGGAGCAGCAAUACUUGGAAACGUACCCGGGUUUCGAUCCCGCAAUCCCAUCGCCUUACCAACAAUUACCUUUUGGUGCCAGUUACCAUGCUUUUCCUUUCGCUCUUCCGAACGACCCAUCUUAUACAACUGUUCCACAUGCGGGAGGCACAUAUGGGUGGCAGAAUACUCAGUAUCCUCGGGGUCAGCCGUAUCCGGGCAUGGUUGAUCCCACAGGAACAGGUGUACCAGGAUUUCCUAUGACGCAUGAUCCGACCGGAGCUUCUUCAAAUUCUUCUUUACCUCUUGAUCCACAAUUGCUGCGCCAACCGGGACAUACCGGUGCAAGUGCCAUUCCAACACCAAGUCAACCACCACUCCCGGCAUUUCCAGGUGAACACAGAUUUUCACAAGAGCUAAAUUUUGUACAAUCUUACCCUCAGGCAUCGAUUUCGCAACCUUAUGGUAUUUUAAAUGAAGCCAUAGACGAAGAAAAUGUGUCCAUCGCCGCGGGCCCCAUUCCUGACCCGCUGACCGUCGACGAUGACUACGAAGACUCAGACGAUCCCUUCGACGUGGAAAUGGAUGAACAAGAACAGGAUCUCUCAUUUCAAGAUGCGGCAAACAACCUCACAGAAAUCCUCGAUCGAUCGGGUCAGCGGGGUUGGCGAACUGCAAGACCUCAUGCUUCACGCCGGUCCCAGUACCAGACCGUCACCACCUUUCGACCGGCGAUGACAUUGUCGCCUUUACGAGAUGAGAGAAAUGAGCAUAUAUUCUGUCACUUUGUCGAAAUCACGAGUCAUUGUAUAUCCAUCUUCGAGAGACAUCAUUUUAGCCCUAUAUCGGCGCCGGCUCGGACUCUGUGGAAUUUUACCAUUCCGGCAUUGGCUCUGUCGCACCCGGCCCUCGCUCACGCGAUAUUGGCCUUGGGAGCAUUGCACCUGGCAAAACUACACAAUACCUCGGAAGACCCGGCUGUGAAGCAUUUUACUUACGCCGUUCGUCGAGUGGGAAAACUUCUCGGUCUCCCAAAACGGCGGCAUGAGAUCGCGACGUUAGCAACGGUUCUGGUUCUUGGCUUCUACGAAGUGGUGAAUGGCGAUCAUUCGCGAUGGAAUCUGCAUUUGUCCGGCGCCACCAAGUUGGUGCUGGAACACGAUUUUGCAGCAACGACUCGGACCGCCAGACGUAUGCGACAGGGCGCAAAGGCGAGAGUCAAUCAAUGGACCGCUCAAUUUGCAUUGACCGAAGAAAAUUACGCUCGCGUGGCCGGAAUUCCUCUUCCUUUGCUGGAUGAUAUCGAUUGGGAGGUUGAUGCGACCCUUGUCUCUCGGCUCACCGGAUACCCGGUGGACGACGACCACCAGGUUCAGCAUAAUUUCCCUCUGGUGGCUGAUCUGACGGAAAAGGAUAUUGAGGAGUUCAAGGCUAAAAUGGACUUGAGAUGGUGGUAUUGCAAACAAGACAUUUUCCAGAGUAUGGUCAGCGGUGAUCCGCUUCUGAUGCCGUUCGAACAUUGGAUAUACUGUCCUCCAAGAGGGCAAAUUGGCAGGUCUGAUAAUCCUUACGCCACUUUGGACCAUUUGCUACUGAUCAUGGCGCGACUGGCGGAAUUCGGGGGCCAAGAUCGCAUUCGGAAACAACGGGUUGUGACAUCCCAAGGAGGGCAAUGGAAACCACCCAAAUGGCUAUUUGGGCCUUCUGGACCUCCCGGCCGGCCGAAAGGGGUUGACGCUGGACGAUCCAAGCAGCCUUCCAGUCCCAAUACGGGCAAAGCUGGGGCUUCAGUGAGGUCUGCUGGCCAAACCGCUCAAAAGGCUUCACCGGCCCCUAGCGCUAAUGAGGGCAGAGUUCGACAGAGCAAACCAGGAUUGCCAGGUCCGGGCCCAACGGGAGGUCCUCCCAUGCUCGGCAUGAUACCGCCUUCCGGCGACACUCAGAUGCAUUCUGCCUUCAAGGCGAUGAAUACUCGUAUCAAUGAUCCCGCCUUCUCCAUCAAACAGGAAGAGAGGAAGUCGACGUCUCCAAGGUCUCCUCAAACGCUCGAGGAUGACACCACCCAGGCACUUACCGAACACACUGAAAUCAUCAAAGCCUUUGACCUCUUCGUGAAAUCACUCGGUCCCGAUUUCGAGCCUCUACCACACUCUGGCCCGCCGGUGACGACACCAUUUGGACCGGCCGUGAUGUACAAGAACGCGGCAGUGGCUUGUAUAUGGGCAUUUUACUAUACUGGACGCAUCAUGAUACAUCGUCUACAUCCUGAAAUGCCUCCGGCGGCGAUGGUAUCUGCUGGCGUAACCGCCCAUCUCACUCGAGAUUAUGCCCAGUCCAUAGGCAGGAUAUGUGCAGGACUUUACUCGACUCGGCAAUAUGGUCAGACCGGAGCCUUGGAUCCUAGUUUUGCCGGGGCUUGGAUGGAGAGCACGUUUCCGUUGCUCUUUGCUGGAAUCCAAUAUACCGACCCCGUUCAGCGAGGCUGGACCAUAAGCAAACUCAAAGACGUUCAGCGCAGGUGUGGUUGGCAAACAUCCGGUGCUAUCGCUGCCGCCUGCGAGAUGGCUUGGGAAAGUAUGGGUCGGGACGGAAAAGGUCCGCCGUAUGAACGUACCUUGGAUCUCAAGAGUAAGGAUCCCCGUGUGAGCGGUGCCUUCAAGAGAUCGGAUGGCCCUGCGGGGGAUAGCGGACGGGUUCCAAAUGCUGAGGCUGAACAUGAAUCUGAGUUUGUGAAUCAUGACCGGAGUUUGAUUGAUCGGUCCGGUUCUACCAGAACUCACUGGGCGCUGGGUUUACUCUCUGUCGAAGAGGACAUCAACAAGAUGAGCCUAGAAUCGAAGAGGUAA